AUCACCAUCAAAACAAAUGUAAACACGGCCUUUUUCCGCAAUAACAAAUUCGCUAACAACAAAGCAUAUUAUGGUCGGUAGAACAAUGCUGCUACAUAAUCUGCAUCGUUUUCGCUUAGUUACAUUCGAUAUGACGGAAACAUUAAUAGGUUUUAGAAGAGCACCGGCUGUACAAUAUGCCAAGACAGCCGCCCAGCUGGGAGUAUACGACAUUGACCAAAACAAGUUGCAGCAGUGUUUUAAAAAAGAGUUCAAGGCCAUAGAGCAACGACAUCCAAACUUUGGCCUUCAUUCGCCAAAUUUUACCUGGCAAGACUGGUGGUCCCAAUUGGUUUGCAAUAUAUUCCAUUGUGUUGAUCCUCAUAUUAAAGAGGAAAAACUUAAAGAAUUAAGUGAUACCUUAAUAAAAAUUUAUCGUACAAGAGAAUGUUGGCAUCACAUGAAAGGCGGCCAAGAGUUAGUGAAAAGUGUUCGCAAUGCUGGCAAGAAAAUUGGUGUAAUAUCGAAUUCGGAUCCCAGUCUACAGGAAGUACUCAAAGAAAUGAAUUUAUAUGAUAAAUUUGAUUUUAUAUUAACCUCCUAUGAGGCUGGCUAUCAGAAACCUCAUAAAAAUAUAUUCCAAAAGGCCUUGGAUGUGUACAAAGUACAACCACAUGAAGCCCUUCAUGUGGGCAAUACAUAUGAAAUAGAUUAUGUAGGUGCCCGCGAUGCCGGCUGGUCAAGCUUACUAAUUACACCCGAUGAAUUGGAUCUUCAAAAAGUUUCACCCACUCAAGGUUACAAAAACAUUGCCGAUUUAUUAGCAGCUUUAGAUAACAAAGAAAUUAGGUGGUAACGAACACAUAAUACAAAAUAUACUGUACAAAAAUAUAAUGAUAAGCGAAAAGAAGAUUUAUUAACUAAGUAUUUUAAACAAGAUAAUGAUACGUUAAAAACAAAGUGUCACAAAGAGUUUUAUGUACAACAUACUUACAUAUACAUACAUGUAUUUUAAGGAAAUUAAUAAAGGACUUUAAUACAA